AUGUCAAAGAAUCGUGGUAAACUAAUAUUAAUCGAGGGUUUAGAUCGCACGGGUAAAAGUACACAAUGCGAAUUAUUACGUCAACAAUUUGGCGAAUCCACAACUUUACUGAAGUUUCCUGAUCGUAGUACAGCGAUUGGUCAACAGAUAAACCAAUAUCUUACUGAUCCGUCAUAUAAAUUACCAGAUCAAGCUGUUCAUUUGCUAUUUAGUGCAAAUCGAUGGGAACGUAAUGAUUACAUUAGAAACAAAUUGCUAAUGGGAGAUAAUGUUAUAAUGGACAGAUAUGUGUACUCAGGAGUAGCGUAUAGUGCAGCUAAAGGAAUUGAAGGAAUGGACCUUGAAUGGUGUUAUUCUUGUGAUCGUGGUCUAGUGCGACCAGAUUUGACAUUAUUCCUUGUCAAUCAUGAAAGUAACGAUACACGUGAAGGGUUUGGUGAAGAACGUUAUGAGAAUAAUUCUUUCCAAGAGAAAGUACGUGAGCAAUUUUACAAAUUAUUUGAGAAACUUGAUAGUCAAAAUGAUUUGGUCAUCGUAGAUGUGACUGGCUGUACUAUUGAUCAAGUCUCCAAAAAGAUAUGGACCAUCGUACAAGAUACCAAACAGAUCCCAUCCACUACUUUCAAAUUAUUUGAAUAA